GCUUUUCAAAAUGGACUUUUAUAACAAGGAAGAGGCUAAUAGGGCAAGAGAGGCUGCAGUGAACAAGUUCAUGGCAAACGAUUUUGCUGGGGCGAGGAAGUUUGCGUUGAAAGCUCUGUCCUUGGACCCCGAGAUCGUUGGAAUCACGCAGAUGGUGGCUACUUUCGCUAUGCAUUUAGCUGCGCAGCACACCAUAAACGGGGAGGUAGACCACUACGGCGUACUCGGCGUACACCCCCAGGCUGACGACGAAGCAGUGAAGAAACGUUACAAAAAGUUGGUUUUCAUCCUUCAUCCCGACAAGAACAACUCGAUCGGAGCUGAUGAAGCCUUUAAGCUAGUUUCUAAAGCAUUUGAGGUGUUGUCCGACAAAGAAAAGCGAGCUGAGUACGACUCGAAGAGGAACUUCGUGGUGUGUGAAGGAAGAGGAGCUUCGUCGUCAAAAAAAGGAGCUGCUAAAGGGAAGACUCCAAAGAGAGGUACGAAGCGAGCAAGUGAUGAUGCCUCUACCUCUUCUGCUCCUCCUCCAGCUCCUCCAGCUCCUCCAGCUCCUCCGGCUCUUGGUGUUGUUACCACUUAUGAUGGAACGUUUUGGACUGUGUGCAUCAGUUGCAAGAGUCAAUAUGAGUACCAUCGCAUUUACUUAAACCAGAACCUCCGGUGUUCCCACUGCCGCCAGCCGUUUAUAGCUGUGGAAACACCUCCUCCGCACUCUUCCAUCCGCAAGACCUUCGUCGAGCAUCAGUUUCAUUCCCUUGAGUGGAGUGCUGUGACGACCACUGGAACCAUAACCGCUGCUCAUGACUCCCAGGCUGUGCCUAGAGAGUCCACCAAAAGGGUGGCGGCUGCUUCUCCAUCCACAAACCCUCCUAAAAGAAGAAAGGAGGUUGUGGUGGAGGAAAAUGCAGUGUCUGCUUACAUAGCAAGCUCUUCUUCUGCUCCUCCCAAGUCCAACACCGCAAGAGACUUUUCUAAUGGUGAGCUGAAGAACGUGCUGGUGAAGAAAUCUAAGCCAACAAUCGUCAGUAAUCUGCACGAUCUAAUCACCAUCGAUCCUGAAACUGAGGAUGUCAACAUGGCCAAUGAAGUAUCACUCUGCGUGGUGGACCCCGUGCGUUCUUUGGGAGCCUUGACAAUAAACGUUCCUGAAGAACCAAACGUUUGCGACUUCGUAAAGAACCGAACCCAAAAGCCUUUUAGAGACAACGAGAUAUGGGCUUCUAACGACCUUUUAGAGGGGACGCCUCGAGUCUACUACAUGAUAGACAAGGUUCUCUCCCUAGAUCCAUUCAAAAUGUGUAUCACUCGGCUAACUACGAACUUGCUUGAUUCACAAAGAACUUGCGGAGUCUUCAGAGCUAGGGAUAGUCACAUCUGCUGUUUGCCUAACAGUUUCUCACACAAAGUGGAGGCGGUGAAAGGCGAUCAUGGCGAGUUUCUUAUCUACCCGAGAACAGGUGAGGUAUGGGCUCUGUAUAGGAACUGGCCAAGUGAAUGGAACUAUCCUGAAGGAUACAGAGCGGGUAAGUACGAUGUGGUGGAAGUGGUUGAAGGAUAUACAGAGGAGUAUGGUGUUAGGGUGCUUCCUUUGUUGAAAGUUGCUGGUUUCAGUUCUGUGUUUCGCCAUUACUUGGGUCCCAAGGAAAUCACAAGCUUCUCAAAGUAUGAGUUGUCAAGAUUCUCUCAUCAGAUGCCAUCUUGCUUGCUCACAGGUAAGGAUCCAGCUGGUGAACUCGGAGGUUGCAGGCAGCUCGACGCAGCAUCAAGCUUGGAGAUGCAACCGUAUUAGUUUAUAGGUGAUGCAACCGUAUUAGUUUUCAUUAUUUAUACAUCUCUUCUUGAACCCUUUUUUUUUUUAAGGAUUGUUUCUUUUUAUUUGAACCAGUUAGAUUAGGGUGAUUGUAUCAACUCUGUUCUUUUUGGUUCGAUUAAAAUGUAGCAAAGCUGAAUAAAACUUUUGUUGUUUUUAAUACCUAACCUGAUUAUGAUCUUUCUAAUAUAUCGUAGUUCAACUAAAAUAUAUGUAGAUGCAUCCUCGAUGCCUCAUACAUAACUUGCCUGAAAUUAUAUUAUUGGCUCAUAAGGAAAUUUACAAUGGUAGUUUUCUACCUAGAGUAUUUUCAACAUAAAAUAAUAGAAAAAAAUAAUAUGUGGAACAAAAAAGGGGAGAGAUAAGAAUGAGUUUCUCAAUUUGAGAGAGUCUCUAAGGAGAAAUUCUCCACUUAUCAGUUAUUCAGAAGGAUUAAUUCUAUUUUUAAAUACUGUAAAUCUAUUGUUGAGAGACUCAAAGGGGUUUCUCCCCACUAAUGAUGGCCUAAGAAGUUUAUCUCAUAGGGCUCAAUAAGAUACAUAAUCAGAAAUGCAUAAAGACCAAAUGGAUAUAUAGGCAUUUAAGGAUCUAAACUGCGAAAACCAAAGACUCAUUGUAUCCAAGUCUCUUGUUCUCCAGGCCAGCUCAGCUUAGAAGCCAGAUGGAGCCACCUCUUCGUGAGGGGAGGUCAAAUGAUCAACAUGCUUUUUGUAAAAAGAAAAAAAUUUACAUGUAUUUU